UGAGAAGCCCGCGGGUGCACAUCGAACCGCCAAACGAUCAUUCAAAUCCUUAGAUAUUUGGUGAAAGUUUUUCUAAAACAAAUCGUGGCAUUGUUCAUUGCCCCAACAAUGAACUUGAACUUUAAUAGUGCGAACUAUUUCGGUGUUUUGAAUUAGUUUUAAUGGGACCAAAUACAUUGAAGUAAUGUUUGUUUUAAAAGUGUUUUUGUUGCUAUCUGGACUUGUCGCCGCUCAGGAGGUGACUCAUUUGGAUACUACAGACUUCCCAGAGAACGUGACGUCACUCCUCGCACGAGAAAAUCAGGGUCAAGUUCAACCAUCAUCUAUUCUUCACAUAUCUAAGGAAUUGGCAUCACCUCAAUUGCCAGGUUUCGACUCCAGUGAUCUUCAGUUCGGACCAAUAUUAGUUUUAAGCAACUACGAUUUGUACCUGGUGAUGUUGGAAGUGGAAGAUAGUGAUACAACAGGGUAUUUUAUUGAAGAAGAAGAAUGUCCACAAUAUAAAGUGGAUGUUAGUGUUUUAAGUUAUUUUAAGGAAAUCAGAAUUUCCUCGAACAUUCAUAGCGAGAAACCUCUUCAAGAAAUAAGUAAUUUGUGUGUUUAUUCGAACUCAUAUAAUAAUCUUGUUGGUUCAGUUCGUAUAAAUGUCACUGAAAGCGUUUCGAAAUAUGGAAAUAAGACUGAAAUUUUAAGACUUCCCAAGUGCUGCCCCGUAGACCAUAGACUAGUCGAAAACAGUUGCACUCCAGCGGUCUUUGAUAUGGAUUUACGUAUUAACAUUUUCAACAACAACUCAACGCAUUACGAUGAUGUUCCAAUGAAUACUGACUUAUUUACUGUGAUACCAUUUUAUUAUCCCCUAUCGCCAUCUUGCCAGUAUAGCAGUGAAGACCCCGAAAACUUUGACAAAUACGACUUGCUAAGAAACGGGUCCUUAAUAACUGGCACCGAAAUCCUCGUACAAGAUAGAUUUUGUGUAGAAACGGACGAUGAAAAUACAGCCGUUUUUGUUUGCGUUCCGGAGACGCCCAAAAUAGCUGGAUUGGCAAAUACGAUUUACAUAAUUUUGUUGUUCGUCUCUUUGGCAUGUUUUAUUUUUGUUUCGGUAGUGUAUUAUUUAUGCUUUGAUAGUAAACAAACUCACAAACAAAUGUUCACGUGUCUUGCUGCAUCCAUGGUGUUCAAAUAUAUUUUCCUAAUUAUAUUAUAUUACAAGGACUACUGCAGCGUAUUAGGAUAUUUUGUUCAAUUCUUUGAAAUCAACGCCUAUAUUUGGUUACUUUUAUUAUGCUUGGACAGUAUUUAUCUUAUUUACAUUUUUCCGGAGAAAGGAAAACGUGGUAGACUUUAUUACUACUGUGCCCCGGCCUUUAUAUUACCACUCAUUAUAGUUUUAAUCACUAUAAUUGUAAUUGAAUCACCAAAUCUGCCUUCUGGACUCAUUAGGGUUAGGGAAAAUAACGAAUGUUAUCUGCAAGAGACUACAGUAUGGCUGUAUACAGUUCCUAGUGCAUUACUUAUAGUAUUAAGCAUUGUAUGUAUAGUAAUAUUAAUUGUGAAAGUACGUAUAGUCAACAAAGAACAAGAAUGCGAAUAUGAUUGGGUGGAAAAUAAAGUCAGGUUCAACUUUUUAUGGAGACAGGGUUUAAUUAUAAUAGCAGUGUUCACGAUGAGCUUAAUUGCCAUUGAACUGAACUCCUACAUGGAACUCGAGGGCAUCGUCAAAAGUUGCGAUGCCGUGUGGUCGUUGCAAGGAGUACUUUUCACUUUAGUCACGGUGGCGCAUGGGUUUGUCGAUAAAAGACAACGUAGGCAACUAGCACAGCAACGUCAAUCUAAUGUCGAAAUGGACCCCCUGAACGGCAACGCAAAUCGUUAAUGUUUUUGAUGGAGAUCUCAGUUCAUUCUGGCAGUCAUAAUGGUGAUACCUCUAGUAAAUUCUUACCUCAACAAAAAAGGACUAGCAACAAAUUUGGGAGUAGCGUUUCAUACAAUAAUAGCAGCGGAAGGCCUCAUAGUAGCGUCUAUAUUUUGCUUCAGUCGUAUAGUGCAAAAAGAGUUACUGAAACUUUUGUUCCCCAGAAAAAGGGAGAGGACAAAUUCGCUUCAAGAUGCUUACAAGGAACUGGAGAAACUACAAAUUACCACCACUGCUUUUACAGAACUGAACAACACAGAUAAUUUAACUAAUUGAGUAUCCUAAGUCAGCUAUUUUAAGUUUGUACCAAAUGUAUUUAUGUUGUGUUAUUAGUUUAAUAAUAUAAGGACAUAUGUCUCUUUUGUAUUAUUUUGAACAAAUGUGUCUUUUAUUUACCCGUUAUAUAGGAAAUAAAACAAUAAUUGCAUAAGAGAAUAAAUAUAUUUUAACCAUUAUAUCAUUUAAUGAAAUAUUUAUAUUUCUAUAUUUUUUUAACCAAAUUUUUAUAUGUAUAUAUAAUAUAUUUUUAUCAUUCUAAAAGAUAUUUUGAACUAUCAGACUAUUGUUAUAAAAUUCAUUUAAAACAAAUGUUAAUACUUUUCACCGUACGCUUUAAAUUUAACAAUUUACGAAAAAUAAUCAGUAUUAUUAUUUAUUAAAACUAAAUAACAAAAUAUUGCAAUUAAAACAUCUAACAAAAAAUAGUCACCAUAUACAAACAAUAUUUAUACUACAGGUAAGGCUUUUAAAUCGUAUAUAUAAAAAUAUAAUUUAUUAGUUAAGUGUAUAAAUAGACAAUACUGCUUUAAGUUGAUCCUAAGGUUUAUAAAAUGUUAAAGAAUCUUGUCAUAAGCAACAAAUUAUCAACAAUUUUUUUCUAAAGCGAAGGACUAGGUUAAUAUUAUUUAGGAAAUAUUUUGGACACUAUAAAAGUAUGAAAUGUUCAUCCUAACAAAUUGAGAAAAUUGUGGUUUUAAAACAUUGAGUAGUAUUUUAAAUUGUAUUUUUAGUUAUAAUCAUUUUGAACCAUUUAAAUUAAAAUAUUUUUCUGUGAAAUUGAAGUAAGUGUAAUUACACAGAAAAAGAUGUAAAAGUGUAUUAUUAUAUUUUAAGAAAAACGUAAACUUCACCAAAAUCUGUUCUUUAAAUAUUAAAUUAGCUCUUUAAAAAAGUAGGAUUUUAUACCUAUUAAAAUAGUAUAAAAUAACAUCUAUGUGUAUAUUUAUGGAAAUUAAUAUUAUUUUUCACCAUUUUUGGCUGUACCAUCAAGAAAAAUUUAAAAAUAUAUUUUUUAGAAAUCGCAAAAACUAAAAAAUUCGUGAUUUUAACAUUUUUAAAAAUGAAUGAAUUUAUUUAGAUAAAAUGAUGGAAAACUUUUUUUAUGUCAGAAAAUACAUCUGUAAAUCAUAUAUGUCAGUCUAUCAGACACACAGCGUUGCCAAAUUUCUUAAUAACGCUGUAAAACAAUUAAAUUUUUUUGCCCAAAUAAAUGUCAUAUAGGGGGUAAAAAUCACGAAACACUGCGUUUACAGUUUGUCGGGGUUUCGAGAAAUUUAAUUUUGAAGUUUUUUGAUGCAUUUUGAAAAAGUUUCAGCUUAAAAUUUGAAAAUAACGAAAAAUGCUCCUUUUAUUAAAAUGUGAAUAUUUUUUAAAUUUCCAAAGUUAUUCAAUUUGUUGUUUUUUUUCGACGCUUUAAAACGCUACCUGCUACAGACUGUAAACGUAGUUUUUGAUGGUUUUUGGUACUCUUUUGAGAAAUUUUCAUAAAACAAUUCGAUUAAUACUAAUUUAACUUUUGAACUUAAGUGCAAUAAAUAUCUAAAAUUGUCAACAAAUGCAUAGAAAAAAUUAAUUCUUAAAAAAAUAACCAUGUUUUAGUUCAGUCACCUUGGAUUAGUAGUUUAGGGAUAUCAGAUAUUAAAUUAUUUAUAUAAAAAAUCAAUAAAUAAACGACAAAAUUUUUUUGUAUGUUCUCUCUUGGAAAUUUUCUUUAAUGUUGUGAAUUUAAUAAAAAGUCGAUAUCUUCUUACUUUUAACUACUAAAGCGAUUUUAUAAAUAGAAAUUUUCAGGAAGAUAAAAACAUAUUUACGAUAAAAUUUGGAUUAAGGGUUUUGGGUAAUUUUUUACCAUCAGUUUGUUAAUUUCAAUUUUGUCGUAAAAUGUAUUUUAUUGACCUAAAAGCGUUUCCAUACAUAAAAUCACUUUUGGGUCUCAAUAAAUUUAUUUUUGUGUGUACAUAUAGACUAUUUAACAAAUUCCCAAAAUUAAAGAAAAUUAGUAAGUGAGUAAAAACGUGUACUUAAACAGUAAAAAGAGUGAAAUUUUUCGCAUACCCUUUUUUAUAAAUCCCUAAAGUGACUGUCUUUUCUCUAAAAAUUCACCUAGACGUGAAAAGCCGCAAGUUUAAUCGCUCUGACUCUUGACGAUGGAAAACGCGUUGCUGAUGCCCAUCACGCUGGUCACAUCGUGCUUGCUCUGGCUGAAAUAGACGAGGCGAUAUUUGCCCUCGCAUUUGCUAGGCAACUCGGAAAACGUGGCCUCGAAUUUCGAAGCCCCGUCCUUGUCCUCUAUCGGAGUGCUGCACUUGCUCACGUACUCGUACGCC